AUGCCUGGCGUUGGCCAGAGAAGGAAAUGGCAUGGGGACCGCGUCACCUGCGGGCGCGGGGCCGCGUCCCGCGGUGGCUCCGUGACGCGCCGCUCCGCGCAGGCUGCCUACCUGCAGCAGGCCGGGCUGCGCACGGCCGUGCUCGAGAGGCGCCACGUGCUGGGCGGCGCCGCCGUCACCGAGGAGAUUGUCCCAGGUUUUAAGUUUUCCCGGGCGUCCUACCUGCUCAGCCUGCUGCGCCCGCAGAUUUACACCGAGCUGGAGCUGCAGCGGCACGGCCUGAGGGUGCUGCCGCGGGACCCCUACUCCUUCACGCCGCUGCUGGAGGCCAGGAGCCGCCCGCGCUCCCUCCUGCUGGGGCAUGACAUGGCGCAGAGCCAGCAGCAGAUCGCUCAGUUCUCCCCACGGGAUGCUCAGGCUUAUCCUGCAUACGAGGCCUUCAUGGGAGGCUUGGUGGCUGCCAUCGACCCGCUGCUGGACGCCGUCCCCGUGGACCCCGCGGCGCUGGGCCAGGGCUCCCUGCUGCAGCGGCUCAAGGCGCUGCGAGCCCUGCGGCCCCUGCUGCGCGCAGGUACCGGUGGCAGCAGGCUGCCCCGCUUCUAUGAGGUGCUCACGGCCCCCAUCUCCAAGGUCCUGGAUCAGUGGUUCGAAUCGGAGCCCUUGAAGGCGACCCUGGCCACGGACGCGGUGAUCGGCACCAUGGCCAGCCCGCAGACCCCCGGCAGCGGCUAACGGCCGCUGCCCCACCGCGCGCUGGAGGGCCGGCGCGGCGCCUGGGGCUACGUGGACGGCGGCAUGGGCGCCCUGUCCCACGCCAUCGCCAGCGCGGCAGCUGCCCGUGGAGCGCAUGUUUUUGCCGAGAAGCCCGUGAGCCGCGUGCUGCUGGGCCGGGACGGGAGGGCGCAGGGGGUGGUCCUGCAGGACGGGACAGAGGUGCGGAGCAAGGUGGUGCUGUCCAACGCCUCCCCGCAGCUCACCUUCCUGGAGCUCACACCCCAGGAGCAGCUGCCGAAGGACUUUGUCCAGCGCAUCCAGCAGGUUGACACACGCUCCCCGGUCACCAAGAUCAACGUGGCUGGAAUGCAGCUGCUGGCUGGGCUCUGCUUCCAGAACAUCUUCCACGGAGCCAUGUCCCUGGACCAGCUCUAUUUCGCCCGCCCAGCGCCGGCCUAUUCAGGCUACCGGUGCCCGAUUCCAGGCUUGUACCUGUGCGGAAGCGGAGCCCACCCUGGAGGGGGAGUGAUGGGGGCCGCAGGACGCAACGCAGCCCGGGUGGCCCUCGAGGACUUCAAGUGGCUGCACCGGCAGCAGUGAUGCCAGC